UGUCUGAAGUUUACUGUCUGCUAUAUUAGAUAGAGAGUCGCUGGUUGGCCGUGUACCAGUAAGCGUGUUUGUAAUAGAGUGAAAAAGCGCGGUUAGGAUUGCUGACGCAAUCCUCCUUACUUUUUGUUCAAUCAUAUUCUGUAUUCCUAUUUAAGCCUUUUGUUUCCCAUACAACUUUCUGCAAUGGCCAAAUCGUCCCUGCCCUAAACACUGGGGACGGGUGCCAAUUUUAAAAGAAGAAGAAGAAGAAGAAGCUAUAUUAGAUAUAAAACGUGUGCUGAUGUGUGCUGAUGCGCUGAAGUCUCUGAACACGUUUUUCUGAUGCAACUUUAUGUGUGAGACCUAUUCAUGACAAUUCAUAAUUUCUAGUACGUACGUAUAUACAUGAAAAUGGCUUCAGCCCUCAGAAUUAAGCACGUUAUUAAAUUAGGAAGAUCUCUUUCAAGAUUGACAUUAAAUAAUAACGUGCAGGAAAAAUUAGUUCAAGCACAAUGCCGACUACCAGUUAUCUGCAAUCAUGUACGACAUUGGUCAUCUCAACCAGAGGCACAAACUACAGAUUAUCAUAAUAUUAUCAAAGACACAGAGAAAACUAUAGGUGAAAGUGCCAAACAUGAGUUCCAGUCAGAAACGCAAAUGUUACUGCAAAUUGUUGCAAAAUCGUUAUAUUCAGAUAAGGAGGUAUUUGUACGUGAGCUUGUGUCAAAUGCCAGCGAUGCACUGGAGAAAUUACGAUACCUACGUCUGACCGACAAUGAAAUCACACAAACAGCUGGUGACAAAACAUUGGAGAUACAUAUUGGCACAGAUAAACAAAAUCGUACUCUAACAAUUCAAGAUACUGGUGUGGGAAUGACCAGGGAGGAAUUGAUAGCCAAUUUGGGAACUAUAGCUCGAUCUGGCUCUAAGGCAUUUCUAGAAAAAUUAAAAGAAGAGCAAAACUCCAAUAAUACUUCCAAAAUUAUUGGGCAGUUUGGAGUUGGGUUUUAUAGUGCCUUUAUGGUUGCUGAUAAAGUAGAAGUAUUUACAAAAUCUUAUGCGAAAAAUGCAGAAGGUCUCUAUUGGAUCUCUGAUGGAUCAGGUACAUUUGAGAUUUCAAACGCGGAGGGUGUACAGCCAGGUACAAAAAUUGUUAUACACUUAAAACCGGAUAGCCGAGAAUUCAGUGACGAAAAUACUAUUAAUCGUAUUAUCAACAAGUACAGUAAUUUUGUUGGCAGUCCUAUUUUUGUGAAUGGAAAAAGGACUAAUACAAUUCAGCCAUUAUGGAUGUUUGAUCCGAAAGACGUCACGCCUCUGCAACAUGCAGAAUUUUAUCGAUUCGUAGGAAAUUGCAUUGAUUCGCCAAGAUUUGUACUACAUUAUUCGACGGACGUGCCUUUGAGUAUCAAGGCUCUGUUAUAUUUUCCAGAGGAAAAGCCUGGAUUAUUCGAUCUAGCGAGGGACACUACUAGCGGAGUAUCGCUUUACAAUCGAAAGAUUUUAAUUAAAAGCAAAGCGGAAAAUAUCUUUCCAAAAUGGUUACGUUUCAUUAAAGGCGUUGUAGAUUCAGAAGACAUACCAUUGAAUCUAAGCCGCGAACUUUUACAAAAUAGCACAUUGAUCGGAAAACUGCGAAAUGUGUUAACCGCACGUGUAUUAAAAUUCUUAAACGAGCGAUCUACGAAGCAGCCGGAAGAAUAUAAUGAAUUUUACAAAGCCUAUGGCUUGUUUUUAAAAGAGGGCAUUGUAACUAGUAAUGAUCAGUCUGAAAAGGAAGAUAUAGGCAAACUUUUACGAUUUGAAUCUUCUGCUGCUGCCCCAGGAGAAUUGGUCAGCCUUCCGCAGUAUUGCAGCCGUUUGGCGAAAGAUCAAAAAGAUAUAUAUUAUUUGUCGGCGCCGAGCCGAACACUCGCCGAGCAAUCACCAUAUUACGAAUCUUUAAAAAAACGAAAUAUUGAAGUUUUGUUCUGCUAUGAACCAUAUGACGAAUUAGUAUUAAUGCAUUUGAGACAGUACAAAUCUAACUUUUUAACAUCCGUGGAAAAAGAAAUGCGGGAUGAUACAGAAGCGAACAAGCCGGAAAAUUUAGCUAUUAUAAAUAAAGACGAAUUGGAUAAUCUCAUAAACUACAUGAAGAAGAUUCUCAACAAGAAAGCAUAUGACAUCAAGAUGACGAACCGUUUGGAAUCGCAUCCUUGCGUCGUGACCGUUCAGGACAUGGCGAGCGCGAGGCACUUCAUCCGCAUGCAAAGCCAUCAAAUGAAUGAGGAAAUGCGAUAUUCUAUGCUACAACCACGCUUCGAGAUAAAUCCGAAUCAUCCUCUCAUUAAAAAGUUAUGUAAUUUAACAACUACGGAUACCGAAUUAGCCGAUCGUCUAAUACAACAGUUAUUCACUGGUGCUAUGGUCGGAGCUGGUCUGAUUGAAGAUCCGCGUAUAUUAUUGACACCAAUGAACGAAUUACUUACCUUGAUAUUAAGUAAAAAAUAUUAAGAUGUAAAUAAAAAUAGAGAGAAAUCCAUAUCGAUAUGGAUAUUAUUCUAUGAUUUAGAAAUAAAAAAAUUUUCUUUUUAUUUGUA